AUGACGUCAUUCAUAUUAUUGAAGACAAACUCUUUUUUAUUGAGGAUGAAUACAGAGGAUAACUUAAACUGGUUUCAUGGGAAAAUAUCUCGAGAAACAGCGGAGAAACUUUUGAAAGAAGAUGGCGAAGAUGGUGUUUUCUUGGUUCGUGAGAGUAAUUCUUCACCUGGAGACUAUGUUCUCUCCGUAUUACAUCAGGGGGAGGUAGUUCAUUACCAAAUUAGACGACAUGGUGAAGAUGCAUUCUUUUCUAUUGAGGAACAUACUACAGUGCAUGGCUUGGACACAUUAAUUCAGCAUUAUCGAGGGGACUCAAAUGGCCUUGUUACAAGACUCUCGGUGGUAUGUAAGGGAAAUCCACCACCACAUGAGUCCAGGACUCAAGGCACUACUAAUCUUUUACACAGGGCCACGGAAGCUGGUGAUUACAACAUAGUAUCCAAAAUGCUAGACGGCGGCUACCGCAGCCGCGACGCCAAGAACCAAGACGGACAAACUGCAGUACACAUCGCCGCCAGGGCCGGCCGCGACAACAUCCUGGCCAAGCUCAUAGAGAGCGGCGCAACCGUCAACGUACGGGAUUCCUUUGGACACACGCCCUUACAUUACACGUGCCAAAACAACUUGCCGAGUACGACAGAGUUGCUCAUAACGAAAGGCAAAGCGAACUAUCAGAUGCGGCACGCGCCCUCCGGCAAGGUGCCUCUCCACGAAGCAGCGCAGAGAGGACAUAUAGAAUGUAUUAAGGUACUGUUGAAACUAAAAGCCCCCGCUCACCCUAGGACGCUAGCGUACGACACGCCCGCUCAAUUAGCCAAGCACAACGGUCACACGGAAUGCUACCUAUUACUGAAAAACCACAAGCCCGAUCCACCAAACACAUCAAAAAGCCAAUGGUACCAUGGUACUCUGAACCGUGAGGAAGCCAUCAAAAUGUUAGAAGAAUAUUGUAAGAUUCACAAUCUGCAAGACAAGACCUCCGACGGCGUGUUCCUCGUGCGCUACAGCGAGCGCAACACCGGCGCGUACGUGCUCACUAUGCUCAGUGAGAACAUCCCCUACAAUUUUAUUAUUAGGAAAGAGAACGAAUGGCUGUUUAUAGACGAUGGUCCAUACUUGGAGUCGUUGGAGCGACUGAUAGAGCACUACAGCAGCGUGCCCGACGGCCUGCCCACGCGCCUCACCGCGCCCGUCGCGCCCAAGCCCAAGCCCCCGUUGCCUGAGUUUUCAACUAUGCCUCGUACGAAGAAAUCUUCACCGAGCCGAGUUCUGAACCAAUCCUUAUCAUUAGUUAAACACGACAUAUUGAAUGAUAAACAAACAUCGGUAAACAACAACGCCUUCGAACUUCUCACAAGAAAUCUUUCAUUUUCCUCUGACUUCAAUAGUGAUAGUUUAAAUAAUAAUGACGAUGGUCAAGACAAUGACACAUACAAAGUGCCAGUGAACAAUAGUGCGGUGGUCUCAUUGGCUGAGAACUACAAUGAAAUAUCUCUAAGCUCGGAGGGCCAGUCGUAUAUACUACAAGACUUCAUACCAUUCAACGAGCUGACAUUAGGAGCAGUACUGGGUGAAGGCGAGUUUGGCUCAGUGCUCCGUGCGGUGUACUCGCCCCUGGACUCGACCCCCAUACCCGUUGCAGUGAAGACUCUACACAUGCAGCACACUGAUACGAACAAAAUGGAGUUCUUGUCAGAGGCCAAAGUUAUGAUGUCUCUGCGACAUAAAUGUAUUGUGCGGCUGAUUGGAGUGUCUCUGGGUCCGCCACUGGCGAUGGUCCAGGAGCUGGUGCCGCUGGGCUCGCUGCUGGAGUACCUGGUGCGGGGCGGUGUCGGGGGCGCAGCGCCCGGCUACGAGCUGCGGCUGUGGGCGUGGCAGGUGGCAGCCGGCAUGCGCUACCUGGAGCGCCGGCGCUUCGUGCACAGGGACCUCGCCGCGAGGAAUAUACUACUCGCCAGCAAGCACCAAGCAAAGAUCAGCGACUUCGGGCUGUCCCGAGCGCUGUCCACUGACAGCUCGUACUACAAGGCGAGCCACGGCGGCAAGUGGCCCAUCAAGUGGUACGCGCCCGAGGCAUACAACUACGGCACCUUCAGCCACAAGAGCGACGUGUGGAGCUACGGCGUCACGCUAUGGGAGAUGUUCUCCUACGGUAAACAACCGUAUGGGGAUAUGAGGGGGAUUGAGGCAAUACAAAUAGUAGAAAGUGGUCAAAGACUAGAAAGACCAGAAGACUGUCCGGACGAGAUUUACCAAUUGAUGUUGGACUGUUGGGACUAUAGCCCCAACCAGAGGCCCAGUUUCAGUGAACUUGUGGACUUUUUCUCUCAACACCCCGACUAUGUUAAUAUAAGCCAGCUAGCCGUAGAUACUGAAGACAGCCAGCUAGCCGUA